AUGGCCGCAUCGCUACAAGCGUCGCUCCCCAAGCCGAAAUACACCGGGGAAGAUGAAGAGGCGCCAUCCCGGACUCAGCAGCGUGGCCCUCGGAUCGUCGGGCCUGGCCAGCUUGACGAGACGCAAAUCGUCCUGAAGCGAAGUGGCCCUCCAGCAUACGGCCAGCGGGCAGGAUGGCGACCGCGCUCACAGGAGGAUUUCGGUGAUGGCGGUGCGUUUCCAGAAAUCCCUAUUGCCCAGUAUCCGCUGGACAUGGGCAAGAAGGGUGCGACAACGAGCAAUGCCUUGGCGCUGCAGGUCGAUGCUGAAGGCAAAGUCAAAUACGACGCGAUUGCCAGGCAGGGACAUGGCGAGGGACGGAUCAUUCACACAUCUUUCAAAGACCUCAUCCCGCUGAGGCAGCGAGCCGAUGCUGGAGAGAUUGAUUUAUCGCGUCCAGACAAGGAAUCUGUAGCGGCGACGACCGAGCGAACCAAGAACGCGUUGGCAGCCCUCGUCAGCGGAGCAGUGGCAGCGCAGAAGCCGAAGAACCUCAACAUUGGACAGCGGAAAGACCCGACUUUUGUACGAUACAGCCCGGCAAAUCAGAUGGGAGACAACUCGAAGAAGCAAGAUCGUAUCAUGAAGAUUGUGGAGCGGCAGCGAGAUCCCAUGGAGCCUCCGAAGUUCAAACACAAGAAAAUUCCUCGUGGUCCUCCAUCGCCGCCUCCUCCAGUCAUGCACUCUCCCCCACGAAAGCUUACGGCAGAAGAUCAGGAGAUGUGGAGAAUCCCGCCUCCGGUGUCAAAUUGGAAGAAUCCCAAGGGCUUUACUGUGCCCUUGGACAAACGUCUUGCUGCGGACGGACGAGGGUUGCAGGAUAUCAGCAUUAAUGACAAACAUGCACAGUUUGCCGAGGCCAUCAAAAUGGCAGAGCGCCAUGCCCGAGAUGAAGUCCAGCAACGAGCUCUGAUGCAGCAGAGGCUAGCAGAAAAGGAGAAGGCUCAGAAGGAGCAAAACUUGCGAUCCCUGGCGCAAAAGGCCCGAGAAGAUCGAGCUACAGCUGGACGACGCGGAAGAAGAGACUCCAGAGACUCGCGGGAUUCACGGGACUCACGGGACUCAGAAUCAAGAUCACGAUCACGGUCACGGUCAAGCUACAGCGGAUCAGAUUCAAGGGGCUCUGAUAGCGAAGAUUCGGAGGUUCGGGCUCGAGAGAGGGCACGAAGAGAGAAACGGAAAGAGGACGAGCGAAAGCUACGACAGACUCGGAUGGGCGCGGAGCGACGCAUCCAAGUCAUGGCCCGCGAGCAGAAUCGAGAUAUAUCAGAAAAAAUUGCUCUCGGCAUAGCGAAGCCCUCACAAUCCAAAGAAACCAUGUACGACUCGCGGUUAUUUAACCAGUCCAGCGGAUUUGAUAGCGGAUUCAACGAGGAUAACCCCUACGACAAGCCCCUCUUUGCUGCUCAGGACGCGAUUAACAGCAUCUACCGACCCCGAGCAAACUUGGACGAUGAAGAUGCAGAAGCUGGAGAUAGAGAAAUGGCCAAGAUUCAAAAAUCAAGCCGUUUUGGUGAAGCUUUGGGCAAGGGUACUUUUAAGGGGGCCAGUGAGGCAGAAGCACGAGAAGGACCCGUACAAUUCGAGAAGGAUGCGGCAGAUCCAUUCAACGUGGACAAGUUUUUGUCCGAGGUAGAUCAAAACUCAUCUUCCAAGAGAGGGUAUGGGCUGCAAGAUGAAGAUAGGAAGGCAAAGAAGCCUCGCGUUGAGGACGAUGAUGAUGAUUAA